AUGCAGCAAAAAGAAGGAGCGGAGGAAAAGGAGAGAUCUGGAGGCACGAAGGACGAGAGCCAUUGGGGAGAACAAAGCGCCUCUCAGCGGCUAGCAAUAAAGGCUCCAAGCGAUAGCAGCAAUCUUCCAAAUCCCUAUUCUACGAAGUGGUAUAUCGACGAGAUCAUUGCUGCGAUUCGACCAAAGAGAGCCGAGGAGAGUUUUCGUUCCAUUCAGCGUCUUGAGACCUAUGUCGAUGCAGCUGAACAGCACGAGGAGCUUGCUACUGCCUUCUUCAAUGAAGCUGAGCGCCGACGCAUUCAGUAUUGCAAGUCAAUUCAGGCAAUUAUACAGUGCUUAUGCCAACAUGCCCACGUUCUUCGUCGCUCAAAAAGAGAGUUCUUUGGACCAUUUCGACUCCCACAAACAACCACCUCAAACUCGGACAAGACCACCGAUUCAGCAAGGGCCACCAAGCCCGCAACUAAGUUGGAGGAAUCUAAGCUUGAAUCAUACAUGGCUGGCGAAAAGGCGUUAUUGGAGCGAAUUUCCGAGGCUUUGCGCAAGUUAUAUACAGCUGCAACUGAACUUUUCAAUCUCCCCUCUGCCGGCGUGCCAAGGGAUCCUGAUGCUCCCUGA